GGAAAAUCGUCGGUCACCAGAGUAAUAACGAACUUCUCUCUUUUCAUUCUUUCUGUCUGUUUGAUCCUCAAAAAAUGGCGGAGAAAGAUGCGACGGCGAGAGGCGACGGUGCGAUUAGGGUUAGUGGAAUGCAGUUUUCUUACGAAGUCACGGAUCCUAUUUUCUUUGAUUUCAACCUCGAUCUCCCCGCUGGAUCUCGUUGCCUCUUGGUUGGUGCUAAUGGAUCUGGCAAGACUACUUUACUGAAGAUUCUAGCAGGAAAGCAUAUGGUUGGAGGGAAAAACAUUGUGAAAGUGCUGAAUCGCUCUGCCUUUCACGACACAGAUCUUGUUUGUAGUGGUGACUUAUCUUACCUUGGAGGUUCUUGGAGUAAAACCGCUGGUUCUGCUGGUGAGAUUCCUCUCCAAGGAGAUUUCUCAGCUGAACAUAUGAUAUUUGGAGUUGAAGGGAUUGAUCCUGUGAGAAGAGAGAAACUGAUUGAUCUUCUUGAUAUCAACCUUCAGUGGCGUAUGCAUAAAGUUUCCGAUGGGCAAAGACGUCGUGUGCAGAUAUGCAUGGGUCUUUUACAUCCAUUCAAGGUAUUAUUACUAGAUGAGGUCACUGUGGACCUCGACGUUGUUGCUAGGAUGGAUUUGUUGGAAUUCUUCAAAGAAGAAUGUAAACAGAGAGGAGCUACAAUUGUAUAUGCAACGCAUAUUUUCGACGGACUAGAGACAUGGGCUAGUCAUUUGGCAUAUAUCCAUGGAGGAGAACUGAAACUCUCUGCUAAACUGAAAGAGAUCAAGGAUUUAGAAACGUCACCAAAUUUGCUCUCUGUGGUUGAAAAUUGGCUUCGGUCUGAAACCAAAGUCGAGAAGAAGACUAAGAAGAAACCUGUUACUUCGUCACCAUUUAUGUCAUCUAGACAAAUGGCGUAUUACCGAUGAAUCUCACAACAUCUUUGAGAGAUCAUCAGUACGAAUAAGAGCUUUUUUCAUUUGCUAUUGUUUUUUUUUUUAUUGCUUUGUUUGCUUUUAGUACUCUCAUUCUAAAUAUAAGUUUAAACUAAAGAUGUCACG